AUGCGAUCCACCGCAAGAGCAGUCGCUGCUCUCGCGUCAGCGGCAUUCCUCGCUUUGCCCGCAUCCGCCCAGACGUACACCAACUGCAAUCCUCUUUCACGAACCGACUGCCCGCCGGAUUCAGCGCUCGGCAAGACGGUCAACAUCGACUUUUCCUCGGCAUCCGAUAGCUUCACGGCUCAAGGCAACCCGACCUACGACUCGAACGGCGCCUCCUUCACAGUAGCCAAGUCGGGUGACUCUCCACAACUCACGUCAAAAUGGUAUAUCAUGUUUGGCCAGGUCGACGUGGAGCUCAAGGCGGCGCCAGGUGCGGGCAUUGUCAGCAGCUUCGUCAUGCAGUCUGACUGCCUUGACGAGAUAGACUGGGAGUGGCUCGGUGCCGAUGGCUCAGAGGUCCAGUCCAAUUACUUUGGCAAGGGCCAGACGACCACUUACAACCGCGGUGCUUUCCACGCGAACCCUGGCAACCAAGACGGCUUCAUAAAGUACACCAUCAUAUGGACCUCCGAGCAGAUUGUCUGGCAGAUCGGCGGUCAGACGGUCAGGACCCUUACACCCGCAGAGUCGAGCAACCAGUACCCUCAGACUCCCAUGCAGAUCAAGGUUGGCGCCUGGAGCGGUGGUGAUCCAGCGAAUGCCCCCGGCACCAUUGAAUGGGCUCGAGGACCGACCGACUACUCCCAGGGGCCUUUCACCAUGCAGGUCAAGUCGCUGACCGUCAAAGACUACUCCACGGGCACGCAGUACACAUACGGCGAUCAGAGCGGUACCUGGCAAUCCAUCGAGUCGAACGGCGGACAAAUCAACGGCGGCGGCACACCCAUCGAAGACGAGCCGCCUGCCAUCACCUCCUCAGUCAACGGACAGCCCAUCCCUUUCACCCCGUCCGAGACAUCUGCCUACACCCGACCAAGCGAGUACCCCUGGGUACCUGAUACAACGAUGUCGACUGUACCUCAAGCUACCUACUCCAACUACCCGGGACUCCCAAGCGGGUGGACUGUUUCAGACUCUGGCAAAGUAGUUCCGCCCAGCUUGGCACCUGUCAGUAAGACUUUUCCUUGCCUCCUUUCCUACCCCUAUAGCCAUAUAUGCUAACAUCUCAUCCCAGUCCACAUCCCAAGCCCCUUUGCCUACGCCGUCGUCUGCGGCGUCGCCAUCGGUUUCCAUAGUCUCCUCUGGCGGAUCUGAAGAGGUAAUUACUGCC